GGGGGCAGGCGUGUCGUCGAGCUCCGGGGGAUUUGCUAUUUAAAGUGCGGGCUCCGUGCGCCGCUCGAACCUUUCCACGGCGUCUGGGACGCACCGGGACGCGCGCGGUGCCAGGAAGCCAGCACUCACCUCCACGGAACCGCGUGUGGACGGCGGACGCACCGCGGCGGAGCAGGCGACGCGAGGAUAUCCGCGUUGCAGCGGGACGUUUGGCGAGAAUAUUCGCCUUCCAGCCGCCUUCCGCCUUCACGUUUUCAGACGUCCGUCAUGGGUGUGAAGAUGCUGCAGUGUUUCCCUUUCUACAGACGCAGCAAAGAGCGCUGCAAGAGCAGGCAGUGCCCCCCGGAGGCAGUUCCCACAGAGGAGACGAAGCCACGCCUGUCCUCCACCACGUCCUGGGGCAGCGACAGCGACGGCGCAGGCAGCCGCGGCUCCCAGGUCUACUUCUCCACCAAGGCCAGGCUGUCCUUCAGACAUCAGCUGGACAGCAACAUCAACGCGGUGGACGCCACGUACUGAGGAGGACAGGGCUGCGGUAGAAACCAUUUCUGACCUGUGCUGAAGACGCCAAGGCCCGACAGACGAGCUAGCGCAUCAGGUGUCACCUUCAGAUGUGAUGGACAGACACAGUUUGCAUUUUAACCACUCUUGUGCUUGUGAUAAGGACUAAAGAGGGUGGAGCCACUGCCCUUACGGAUGUUACAGAGGUGAAGAGACUUGUUUACAGAGUUGCCUACCAACAAGUGCAUUACUUUUUCUACUUUUUUUCUUUUUUUAUUCUUUUUGUUUGAUCUUUGAGGAGAAAAUGCCGUUUCUAUUCUGAGGGCCAGAGUUAAAUAGAGGAGCUUCACUAAGCCACAUGAGGGAGAGGCAGAGGUAUUAGUGUUUGGAUUUCUAAAUCUAACAUUGAUGACAAUAUUACUUUUUUUAUUCCUCUUCUGCGACACAAAGCCUGCACACUAACAGUGAAGCAACGAAACAGAAAGAAAAUUCUAUUUCUUGAACAGCCGAGGGUUAUGUUGACACCACGUAUGAUCUGAGCCGGGCUGAGGAGGUCUGACAGCUGUAGGAGCAUUAUGCUUUGGUGAAUCAUGCUUGGCUUCCGCUCCUUGUUGCUAUGCUUUUCUUUACUAUUUUUGGAAUAACUGUUGUGAUUUUAACGAAGCCUAACGACAGGGGUGCGGGAUGAACAGGGUUCUUUAUUCGUCUGCCAUGAACAGACAUGAUUUUAAGUGGUGUUCCAAAAUUACUGUGAAAACUUGUCAAAUUUCAAUGUUAAAAAAACAAUUAUCAGAAACUGAAAUUGACAAUAUGUCAAUAUAUGUCACAAACUGACAUAUAACACCAAAACAAAAGUAACUUAAUUCUUUACUAAUAAAAUAAUAAUAAUAAUGUGCAUUAAA